UCACUAGUUGACCCGUGGAUCACCUGUGGCCGUUGUGGCCGUUGUGGCCGUGGAGUCCGUGGAGCCAACUUUGGAGCCAUGGCGGCCAUGGCGUUUGUCGCACCUGUCGCACCUGUCGCACCUCUGCGUGAGGGACUUUUUCUGCCCGGCCACAAGCUGAGACCCACAUGGCAGAGUGGAUCCUCAAUGAGAAGCUCCAUGUGCUGGGCCUGUUGUGCCUUUGCAUAUUUGGGUCGGCAGCUGUCCGUGGCACGUGCCGCGAAGCCAAAAGGCAAAGGGAAGAAGAAGGGCGGUGGCGGUGGAGCCCCCGUUCCAAUUCCAUCUUCUGACAGCGCAGCACCAGAUGCUUACGACCAAGAGACACGGGAUAUCAUCCUCUCUCUGGAUCAUGUCGAAAAGAAAUCGCAAGAUGGAAGUUACAUCUUGAAAGAUGUUUGUCUUGGCAUGUACAUGGGAGCCAAAAUCGGCAUCUUGGGCAAGAACGGCGCUGGGAAAAGCACAGUGAUGCGAAUCCUGUCAGGGCAAGAUCCGGAAUUUCUGGGGGAUUUGACCAUGGAUCCCUCCAUCCAAGUUGGAUAUUUGCCCCAAGAGCCUGUGUUGGAAGAGGAAACUGUCAUCGACGUCCUUGAGCCUGCAGUGCAAAAGACCAGAGAUUUGCUGAAGAAAUUUGAGGAUGUGACCGCCCAAAUGGGUGAAGAAGAUGCUGACAUUGAUGCUCUUGUCGAACAGAUGGAGAAGUUGCAGGGCAAAAUCGACGCCUGCAACGCUUGGGCCAUCGACGACAAGUUGGACGAAGCCAUGGAGGCGCUGCGCUGCCCACCGCGCGACGCGAAGAUUGCGAAGUUGAGCGGCGGAGAGCUGCGCCGCAUCGCCAUCUGUCGCUUGUUGUUGUCUUCUCCAGACAUUUUGCUACUGGAUGAGCCCACCAACCACCUGGAUGCCCAAAGUGUGGCAUGGUUGGAACGUUUUCUGGCAGAGUUCAAGGGAACGGUGGUGGCCAUCACCCACGACCGCUACUUCUUAGACAACGUGGCCGGCUGGAUUUUGGAGUUAGAUCAGGGAAAAGGCUUGCCAUUCCAGGGCAACUACUCUGGUUGGUUGGAGCACAAGGCAGAUCGCUUGAAGAGCGAGGCGAAGAGAAAGUCUACCUUGGAAUCGCAGAUGGCCAAGGAGUUGGAGUUCAUCCAGAAUACUCGUGCUGGAAGGCAGAAGAAAGGGAAGGCACGUUUGCGAAAAUACGAGGAGUUGGAGUCGGCCGCUGCAGCUUUCAAUCGCAGCUCCGAGCUGGAUUCCAUCGUCAUUACUCCAGGACCUCGCCUCGAUCCACGCGAACCGGUGGUGACUGCGAAGGGUCUUUGCAAAGGUUAUGGAGACCGAUUGCUAAUUAGCGAUGCUGACUUUGAGAUCCCUCCGGGAGCUGUCGUUGGCAUUGUGGGUCCCAACGGAGCGGGAAAAUCGACGCUCUUUAAGAUGAUGAUGGGCACAGAGAAGCCGGACCAGGGUGAAUUGAAGUUGGGCAAGACAGCAGCACCGAUGUACGUGGAACAAAUGAGGGAAGACUUAGAUCCCAAUUCCACGGUCUUUGAAGAGCUGACGGACGGCCUGGACUCUUUUAACAUCGGAGGUCGAGAGGUCAACAGUCGAGCAUAUUGCUCUUGGUUCAAUUUUAAAGGCAAAAUCCAACAGCGAACUGUUUCCUCCCUCAGUGGUGGUGAGAGAAAUCGCCUACAACUUGCAAAGACAUUGCGUCUUGGUGGCAACUUGUUGAUGUUGGAUGAGCCUUCCAACGACUUGGAUGUGGAGACGUUGAGGGCCCUGGAAACCGCCAUUGAAAAUUUUGCGGGAACUGUGCUGUGCAUCAGCCAUGACCGAUGGUUCUUGGACCGCAUUGCUACCCACAUCAUCGCUUAUGAAGGAGACUCUGAGCUGAAAUUCUUUGAAGGCGGAUAUAGCGAAUACGAGGACGAUUUGUUGGCCCGUAAGGGAACCAGAGAUCCCAUGAAGGUGAGUUACAAGCCCAUGCCAACCUUUGCUUAGUCGCCGUAUGUUGCCGCGAAAAGCUGCGGAAGCUCCGAAAAUCGGCCGAAGCUGGAUUCGAGACGAGAUUUUGAUUUGGAGCAGUUUG